UUGUCCGUGCUUACGCGGACGGACGGCCGGGCUCUGGAGCACGUGACCUGCGAGGAGGCUGCGACUCAAGGCCAUUUUCAAAUCUCAUUGGCUUGGUUGUCAUGUGGUCGGCAGAGGCAUCCACAAUUACACGGGGAAUGUUUUCCUAGAGAUGUCAGCCUACAAAGGACACAAUCUCUCUUCUUCAAAUUCCUCCCCAAAAUGUCCUUUCCCAACAGCUCUCCUGCUGCUAAUACUUUUUUAGUAGAUUCUUUGAUCAGUGCCUGCAGGAGUGACAGUUUUUAUUCGAGCAGCGCCAGCAUGUACAUGCCACCACCUAGCGCAGACAUGGGGACCUAUGGAAUGCAAACCUGUGGACUGCUCCCGUCUCUGGCCAAAAGAGAAGUGAACCACCAAAAUAUGGGUAUGAAUGUGCAUCCUUAUAUACCUCAAGUAGACAGUUGGACAGACCCGAACAGGUCUUGUCGAAUAGAGCAACCUGUUACACAGCAAGUCCCCACUUGCUCCUUCACCACCAACAUUAAAGAAGAAUCCAAUUGCUGCAUGUAUUCUGAUAAGCGCAACAAACUCAUUUCUGCCGAGGUCCCUUCGUACCAGAGGCUGGUCCCCGAGUCCUGUCCCGUUGAGAACCCCGAGGUUCCUGUCCCUGGAUAUUUUAGACUGAGUCAGACCUACGCCACCGGGAAAACCCAAGAGUACAAUAACAGCCCCGAAGGCAGCUCCACAGUCAUGCUCCAGCUCAACCCUCGUGGCGCGGCCAAGCCGCAGCUCUCGGCUGCCCAGCUACAGAUGGAAAAGAAGAUGAACGAGACCGCAAGCGGCCAGGAGCCCACCAAAGUCUCCCAGGUGGAGAGCCCGGAGGCCAAAGGCGGCCUUUCCGAAGAGAGAAGCUGCCUAGCUGAGGUCUCCGUAUCCAGUCCUGAAGUGCAGGAGAAGGAAAGCAAAGAGGAAAUCAAGUCUGAUACUCCAACCAGCAAUUGGCUCACUGCAAAGAGUGGCAGAAAGAAGAGGUGCCCUUACACUAAGCACCAAACGCUGGAAUUAGAGAAAGAGUUCUUGUUCAAUAUGUACCUCACCCGCGAGCGCCGCCUAGAGAUCAGUAAGAGCGUUAACCUCACCGACAGGCAGGUCAAGAUUUGGUUUCAAAACCGCCGAAUGAAACUCAAGAAGAUGAGCCGAGAGAACCGGAUUCGAGAACUGACCGCCAACCUCACCUUUUCUUAGGUCCGAGGCCGGUGAGAGGCCAGGAUCAGAGAGGGGGCACCGAGUUCCAGGGCCCAGUGCUGGAGGACUGGGAAGGCGGAAACAAAACCUUCAUUGCUCUUUGUUUUUUGUUUUGUUUUGUUUUGUUUUCCUGUUAGAAUGUGACUUUGGGGUUAUUCUGUUCGUGCUGCAAGUGAUCUGUAAUCCCUAUGAGUGUGUGUGUGUGUAUAUAUAUAUAUAUAUAUAUAUAUAUAUAUAUAUAAAACUUAGCACGUGUAAUUUAUUAUUUUUUCAUCAUAAUGCAGGGUAACUAUUACUGCGCAUAUUCAUUUGGGUCUUAAUUUAUUAGAAAUGUAGAGCAUCCAUCUAACCAUCCAUUCAUACUUCCAGCAAUGUGACUUUUUUCAUGUUUUUCCUAAUGCAAAAGUUCUCUGUGUGUGGUUAGUCCAUGAACUCAUGGCAUUUUUUAAUACAUCCAGUACUUUUAAAUUACACACACACACAUAUAUAUAUAUUUAAAAAAUUAAGAAAACCCACAAGCUUUGGGGGGAGGGGGACUAAAAAAAGCACAUUACAAUGUAUCUUUUCACAAACGAACUUAACAGUGGUCCUUGGUGAGAUGGAAUAUUGACGACUUAUGCCGUGUAGCCUUUCCCUUGUGGUGCAUCUGUGGUUUGGUAGAAGUACAACAGCAACCUGUCCUUUCUGUGCAUGUUCUGGUCGCAUGUAUAAUGCAAUAAACUCUGGAAAUGA